AUGCCUGGUCCCCUGACUCAAAGCUUACUCAUGAAUGAAAACAAGCGUAUGGUAUCUACAGAGAGAUGGCGAAACCUACCCGCUAGCGUGUUGCCCUUGCAAAUUGCUCCUGUAAAGCGACCAAUCGAAAUUGAUACAGUGACGCACGUUGACCUCGCGCAGUACCAUGGUACUGACGCUGUCGAGGACUACAACAACAAUUCCUGGGCGGUCGCGUGCGUUCUUCUGCUCACAGCGUUAACACCUUCAGUCUCACCCUUGCGACUCCAACGCUCUUCCAUAAAGCUCUGGCGCUCGCUAAAGAUGCCCAAAUCCGCCACAGCAAAAGGUGUCAUCAGUCGAGUGUAUCUAUACUGGGAGAUGACGAAUAUAUACCUGACCUCAAGCCAGUGGCCUGUCACACACGAGAUUAGUCUGUCGGACGUACAGUCAGAUCUUGUACAGACCAACCAAUACCGCAACAGAAUUAAACAGAUCACUGGUCUGUACGACGAAGUGCUAGAAGAUGACCCGCCACGUCGUCUGCUGGUUGAUACAAUCUGCCGUGAUGCAGACGAACCAUUAUGGUAAAUUGAUUGUACGGCAAAUUGGCCACCACCAUUGCGAUGUGCAAUCCUCCGAAUGUAUGCACUUAUCAACAGAGAUUAUCGCAAUUAAUCUGGAGGAUUACACAUGUGAGUAGCGGAACAUUGGACCUAAGCACACGGCAGGUGGGAAAUCUUGAGGCAUCGCCAAUAACUGCAUUAUGUAAGAAUAUAUCUACAUCUGGACUUCAGAGAUAUGCAUGUAUAAUACCCAGGGGCUACAAGAAGCCUUCAUUUCGUCGAAACCAACGCCGCGCUUGCUCAAAUUGAUGCAAUAAUAAUGAGAUCUAACACGCUCUAUCGCAUUACCAUUUUG